AGAGGGAGAGGGAGACAGAGACAGAGACGGAGAGUUAUUUGGGACGGAAUCAAAACGAUGGCCUUCGAUCCUAUACCACAAGUGCCUCAGAUGAGCGCUCUACCGAUAUAAAUGGGAAUAAGAACUGUUACGACUGCCGGUCAAAUAAUCACAAGAAUAGCAAUCACGUGACGUUCCCACACAUUCAUUUGUAAACAUGGCCGCCUCCAUUGGUGUAAGGUUAUUUUGUGUUUUUCGACGUCCUGAUCAUCUCUGUCUUUUAAAAUCUAAACUUGUUAAUGCUGCACAGACUAGACUUAUUCAAGUAUUCCAAAAAUAUACGCCAGGCAUGCAAAUUAACGUAGAUGUACACCAAUGCUGUGACAUUUUACACCAUUUGAAAUUGAAUCAAAGCGGACGAGGUUUUAUGUCGAUGCCCACUGGAAAGUACUUGCACAGCUGCGAGGCUUUGCCUGAGCGAAUAUGUUGGAAAUGUGGACGAUCAAUAGACCCCUAUUUGGAGCUGUUCUUUUGUAAAUGCGGUGUGGUUCAAACUCCAGCUGACAUCAAUUUCUUCAAGUUGAUGGGGUUGAAAGAGAGUUUUGAUGUUGAUGUGGCGAAUUUAUCACAUAUGCUGAUUGAUUUGCAGAAAAGACUUCACCCUGACAAAUAUCAAAAUAAAUCUGAUACGGAGAAGGAGUUGGCUGAAAAACAGUCAUCUCUGAUCAACAAAGCAUACACCACGUUGUCGAAACCCCUCCCCCGAGCAAUCUACCUGCUGGAUUUACACAACCACUCCAUUACAGAGGAAGAGGAAGUGCGAAAUUUGGAAUUCCUCAAUGAAAUCAUGGAAUUGAAUGAAGCUCUUGCUGAAGCGACACAAGUAGAAGAAGUAGACAGCUUGGAGAAAAAGGUUUUGGAGCAACUUGAGCUCACUUUGAAAAAGAUGUCAGAAGCAUUUCGUAGGCACGACUAUAAGAGUGCCAAGCCGAAUGUAGUGAAAUAUCAGUACUAUAUAAAUGUCCGUGAUAAAAUCAAACAGUAUUACAGGCAGCUGAUGAUAUAGAUGUUUUAAGAAGUUAAUCUCAGCCAGAAAUAUUAUUAAAAUAUGUUUUGUAUGGAUGAUUGUAGUUUUCUAAAAUAAAAAUCAAAAAAAAUCUUAUGAGUGUACAUAUUUGUUGGUUUUAACUACUUGUACUUGUAUUAAUCAGCUUUGCAUUUAAACAAAUCUGGGGAAAAAGGCAAAUUAUAUGUUUGAGGCAGCAUUUAAUUUAAGUCUUUUGAGGUUAUAUUUAGACCUGCUCAGAUUGCACAUCAGUUAUAGUAUUUUAUUUGUUUGUUUUAUUUAAUACUCGGGUAAAAUAUCUGUUUUCAGUGGCGGAUCCAGAAAAUCCAUUUAGGGGGGCCCCAGUGACAUGAGGUGGAAUACCAAGGGAAC